AUGGUACCGAGCAAGGCGGAUGUGCCUGGCGACCCAAACGGUUCGGCCCUCAGCGGGCUGAGGGCCCAGACCCCAAAGUCGAGUCUCCAUGGGCCCCUCCGCGUGCUGGCCCUCGCCCCUCUAAUCUGCGGCCUGCCGUUUGCCCCAGCUUUCCGGGUGUCUGCUGUCCCGGGAAUCCAACGGUCGCCAACACCCAAUUGUGGGUAG